UUAAAGGUCAUCAGUAGCGUCGGAGCUGUACCUCCCCUUUGAAAACACGAGGUUUGUUUGUUAUUUUGCUUUUUUGCAAUUCCUAGCGUCUUCAGAAUCCAGAUCUCCUGGAACGAAAGUCCAACUAGUCCGUUACCAUGCCGACCAAGAAGACCAACUCCUCAUCAGUGCGUAUGGAUGAGGUGCUGGAAGAGGCCAUUAUGACCACGGGGGGGCCAAAGGGUGCCUCGACCAUCGCCAUAAAGAAGUACAUCGCGGCACACUACCCUCACCUGGACAUCGAGAACCGGACGUACCUGCUAAAGCAGGCCGUCAAGAGGGGCGUGUCUAAAGGUCAACUCAAGCAGAUGUCAGGAACCGGAUUCACUGGGUUCUACAAGCUGGUUGGUGGAAAAGAGAAGGUCACCUUGACCAAGCGGCAGCAGGACGCUGCCAAAGUCGCGGCGAGGAAGGUCGUCAGUUCUCACCGGGCCGUCGUGAAGAAGGUGAAGAAACCGCCCCCGGCUGCCGCGUUCCACCGCGAUCAGGACGAGAAACCGACAACCAUCGAUCUGGUGGAGGAAGCUAUCGUGAUGGUUGGAGGUUCCAAAGGAGCUUCCGCCCAGGCUAUCAAAAAGUACCUGGCAGAAAACUACCCAGACACUAAGAAGCACCUGGUCAAACAGGCACUAGUCCGGGCACAGAAGAAAGACCUGGUGAAGCAACUGUCGGGCACUGGUGCAUCGGGCACCUUCAAGUGGAUAGGACCCAAACGGAAGCCCAAAGAGAGGGAGGAGGCCCCUAAGAGUCCUAAGAAGACGGUGGCUGCCAAGAAAAUGGCUCUUCCAGAACCUCCUAAGAUGGAGAUCAUCAUCAGAGAUGCCAUGGUGGAACACUGUGAGCCUAAGGAGGCUUCUCCCCAGGCUAUAAAGAAGUACCUGAAUGAGCAUUACCCACACCUGGAGAUCGAGACUCGCAGUUUUCUGCUGAAGAGAGCUCUGCAGAAGGGAGUGGAGAACGGGCAGCUACUACAGAUGUCUGGAAAGGGCAUGAGCGGGACGUUCCGAUUGGUGGAGAGCUACAAACCGAAGAAGCCGAUGGAGACUAUGAUCGGGGUGGCUAUCAAGGCAGUCAACGAGCCGAAAGAGGCUUCGGUUGGCAUGAUCAAGAAAUACAUCCGAGAACACUACCCGACACUGGACAUCGAGAACCGAAUGUUCCUUCUGAAGAGAGCGCUGGAAAAGGGAGUCAAGAAUGGAGAACUGGAACAGAUCACCGGGAAGGGGGCCUCUGGUACGUACCAGAUGACAGAGCCGUUUAUUCCCUCACCAGAGGACCUGGAGCUGAUUGAGUACGUUCCACCCAUGGAGGUUCUCCUCAGAUCUGCAUUCCACAGAGGGUCAAAGGCCAAAGUGCAAAAGCCGACCGAGGUGAAGGUCAAGAAGGCCCGAGGUCGCCCCAAAGGUCGUCCCGUGAAGAAGCCGAAACCCAAGGCAGCAGGCAGAGGAAGGGGGAAGGGGAAGAGGGGCAGGGGGAGACCCAAGAAGGCUGCCAAGAAAGACGCCAAGACAGAAGACGAACCCAAGGAGUUUGUGUCGUCGGAAGAAGAAACAGCUAAGGAGUCUGAGGAAGAGCCCAAGGAGUCGGCGUCCUCUGAGGAAGACGCUCAGUAGGUCAUCUCAAGGUCAUCCCAAGAUGGCCGACUCUUUAGCUGUUCCUUGAUGUACAGGACUUAUCCAGCCAAUUAGGCGACAGAUUGGUUUUGAACUGUGAGGUGAUUGGUCCAUUUUGUGACUUUCCCAUGCCACCAUUUCAAAAUGUUAACCAGCCAAUCAGGCGACGGAUUGGCUUCAAACUGUGAGGUGAUUGGUCCAUUUUGUGACUUUCCCAUGGUGCACCAUUUCAAAAUGUUGGUCAUGUGAUCAUCCAGGAGGAAGACUUUUGGAAAAAGGAAACUGAAGUUGAUCUAAAAUAUGUUUUAAGCAAAAUGAUUAAAAAAAAAGGUUCCAUCCAUGUUGAGAGUGUAAAAAAAACAUUUCUAGUUCCUUGCUUUGUAGUUCCAAAAUAAUCAAGGAAAAGUUCAUGCAAAUUUCUAGAGCAUCAUCACUUUGUCUGAUCCAGUAUUAUUUUUCCUCCUAUAUUAUCAUACACAUGACAUACUUCUCAAUUAGGAGAAUUAUGUGUAUUUUAGGUAUGUCAUUUCAUAAGAAAAAUAGUGAAAAAUGUGGAAGAAUGUACAAGUAAGUACAAAUGUAUUGUACAAGUAGAUCAAUUA